AUGCAUAGAACUUACUCUUUAAGAAAUUCGAGAGCUCCAACUGCUUCUCAAUUACAAUCACCACCUCCUCCAACUUCAACAACAAAGUCAAAAUUCUUUGGUAAAGCUGGUAUCGCUUCUACAUUUAGAAAAAACGCUGCUGGUAACUUUGGUCCUGAAUUGGCUAGAAAAUUAUCUGCUUUAAUCAAAUUGGAAAAGAAUGUCUUGAGAUCAAUUGAGUUAGUUGCUAGAGAAAGAAGAGAAGUUGCUAAACAAUUAUCAAUCUGGGGUGAAGAUAACGAUGAUGAUGUUUCCGACGUUACUGAUAAAUUAGGGGUUUUAAUUUAUGAAAUUGGUGAAUUGGAAGAUCAAUUCAUUGAUAAAUAUGAUCAAUAUAGAAUCACUUUGAAAUCAAUUAGAAACAUUGAAGCUUCAGUUCAACCAUCAAGAGAUCGUAAACAAAAAAUCACUGAUGAAAUUGCUCAUUUGAAAUAUAAAGACCCACAAUCUCCAAAAAUUAAUGUUUUAGAACAAGAAUUGGUUCGUGCCGAGGCUGAAUCAUUAGUUGCUGAAGCUCAAUUAUCAAACAUCACUAGAGAAAAAUUAAAAAUUGCAUUCAACUAUCAAUUCGAUGCUGUUAGAGAAUUGGCUGAAAAAUUUGCAUUGAUUGCAGGUUAUGGUAAAGCUUUAUUAGAAUUAUUAGAUGAUGCUCCAGUUACUCCAGGUGAAACUAGACCAGCUUAUGAUGGUUAUGAAGCUUCAAAACAAAUCAUUAUUGAUGCUGAAAAUGCUUUAGCUUCAUGGACUUUAGACCAAGCUGUUGUUAAACCAGCUUUAUCAUUACACCACACUUCAGAAGAUGUUUAUGAACCUGCUGAAGAAGAAGCUGCUGAAGCUGAAUGGGCUGAAGAACAUGAACAAGCUGAAACUGAACCAGUUGAAGAAACUACUCGUGUUUAA